GGCGGGCUGUCGGCCGGGCGGCGACCCGGCCCGGGACCCGCGGCGCGCGGCGGCCGAGGCCCAGGUCCAGGACGUGCACCCCGAGCCCGGGAGGCAUGCUGAGGCCGGGUGGCUGGCAGGAUGAGUGUGAACGAGGCGGGCAGCUCUGGCUGCCGGGGGCAGGCGGCCUACCACCUGCACAUCUACCCGCAGCUGGCCACCAGCGAGAGCCAGGCCUCCUGCCGCGUGACCGCCACCAAGGACAGCACCACAUCCGACGUCAUCCAGGAUGCCGUUGCCAGCCUGCGGCUGGACAGCUCCAAGCGCUACGUGCUGGUGGAGGUCAAGGAGACAGGCGGGGAGGAGUGGGUGCUGGACGCCAACGACUCACCCGUGCACCGCGUGCUGCUGUGGCCACGGAGGGCGCAGGACGAGCACCCACAGGAGGACGGCUACUACUUCCUGCUGCAGGAGCGCGAUGCGGACGGGACCAUCAAGUACGUGCACAUGCAGCUGGUGGCCCAGGCCACAGCCACCCGGCGCCUGGUGGAGCGCGGCCUCCUGCCCCGGCAGCAGGCGGACUUUGAUGACCUGUGCAACCUCCCCGAGCUGACGGAGGCCAACCUCCUGAAGAACCUCAAGCACCGCUUCCUGCAGCAGAAGAUCUACACGUACGCGGGGAGCAUCCUCGUGGCCGUCAACCCCUUCAAGUUCCUCCCCAUCUACAACCCCAAGUACGUGAAGAUGUAUGAGAACCAGCAGCUGGGCAAGCUGGAGCCACACGUGUUUGCGCUGGCCGACGUGGCCUACUAUGCCAUGCUCCGGAAGCACGUCAAUCAGUGCAUCGUGAUCUCUGGUGAGAGUGGGUCUGGGAAGACGCAGAGCACCAACUUCCUGAUUCACUGCCUCACUGCACUGAGCCAGAAGGGCUACGCCAGCGGCGUUGAGAGGACCAUCCUGGGCGCCGGCCCUGUGCUGGAGGCUUUCGGGAAUGCCAAAACAGCCCACAACAACAAUUCCAGCCGAUUCGGGAAAUUCAUUCAGGUCAACUACCUGGAGAGCGGCAUUGUGAGAGGAGCUGUUGUUGAAAAAUACCUGCUUGAGAAGUCUCGCUUGGUCUCCCGGGAGAAGGAUGAGAGGAACUACCACGUGUUUUAUUAUUUGUUACUUGGCGUCAGCGAGGAAGAGCGUCAAGAAUUUCAGCUCAAGCAGCCUGAAGAUUAUUUCUACCUCAACCAGCAUAACUUGAAGAUUGAAGAUGGAGAAGACCUGAAGCACGACUUUGAAAGACUCAAGCAGGCCAUGGAGAUGGUGGGCUUCCUCCCCGCCACCAAGAAGCAAAUUUUUUCGGUCCUAUCAGCCAUCCUGUACCUGGGCAAUGUCACUUACAAGAAGAGAGCCACGGGCCGAGACGAAGGCCUGGAGGUCGGGCCCCCCGAGGUGCUGGACACGCUGUCGCAGCUCCUGAAGGUGAAGCGAGAAAUCUUGGUGGAGGUUCUGACCAAAAGAAAAACGGUGACCGCCAACGACAAACUCAUCCUGCCCUACAGUCUCAGCGAGGCCAUCACCGCCCGCGACUCCAUGGCCAAGUCACUGUACAGUGCCCUGUUCGACUGGAUUGUGCUGCGGAUCAACCACGCCCUGCUCAAUAAGAGGGACGUGGAAGAGUCCGUCUUGUGCUUGUCUAUCGGGGUCCUCGACAUCUUCGGCUUUGAAGACUUCGAGAGGAACAGUUUUGAGCAGUUCUGCAUCAACUAUGCCAACGAGCAGCUGCAGUACUACUUCAACCAGCACAUUUUCACGCUAGAGCAGGAAGAGUACCAGAGUGAAGGGAUCUCGUGGCACAACAUUGACUACUCGGACAAUGUCGGCUGCAUCCACCUCAUCAGUAAGAAGCCCACUGGCCUCUUCUAUCUGCUGGACGAAGAGAGCAACUUUCCCCACGCCACAAGCCAGACCCUGCUGGCCAAGUUCAAACAGCAGCACGAGGACAACAGGUACUUCCUGGGCACCCCCGUCAUGGAGCCAGCCUUCAUCAUUCAGCACUUCGCAGGGAAAGUGAAAUAUCAGAUCAAGGACUUCCGGGAGAAGAACAUGGACUACAUGCGGCCAGACAUCGUGGCCCUUCUCCGGGGCAGUGACAGCUCCUACGUGCGCGAGCUCAUCGGCAUGGACCCUGUGGCCGUGUUCCGCUGGGCCGUGCUCCGGGCCGCCAUCCGGGCCAUGGCUGUGCUCCGGGAGGCCGGGCGCCUGCGGGCUGAGAGGGCUGAGAAGGCUGCAGGUACAGGCAGCCCUGGCGCCCACAGUCACCCAGGAGAGCUGCAGAGAGGAGCCGGCACCCCGUCGGAAAAACUGUACCGCUGUUCAAUGCUAGAUUUCUCAUUUGACGGCUCUGAGGAGUUCGAUGUUAGCGCUUUUGAGGACAUCAUUGCUUUCUAUGAAAGCAAGAACGAUUUGCAUGACCAAAUCAUCAAGACCAUCAAAGGAUUGCCCUGGCAGGGUGAGGACCCCCGUAGGCUUCUCCAGUCCCUCAGUCGGCUCCAGAAACCCCGCACCUUCAUCCUGAAAAGUAAAGGUAUCAAACAAAAACAGAUCAUCCCAAAGAACCUGCUGGACUCCAAGUCCCUGAAGCUCAUCAUCAGCAUGACCCUGCACGACCGCACCACGAAGUCCCUGCUGCACCUGCACAAGAAGAAGAAGCCACCAAGCAUCAGUGCCCAGUUCCAGACGUCCCUCAACAAGCUCCUGGAGGCGCUGGGGAAGGCGGAGCCCUUCUUCAUCCGCUGCAUCCGCUCCAAUGCUGAGAAGAAAGAGCUGUGCUUUGACGACGAGCUGGUGCUGCAACAGCUGCGCUACACGGGCAUGCUGGAGACCGUGCGCAUCCGGAGGUCCGGCUACAGUGCCAAGUACACGUUUCAGGAUUUUAUCGAGCAGUUCCAGGUGCUGCUGCCCAGGAACGCCCAGCCAUGCAGGGAGGUCAUCUGCGCCCUGCUGGAGAGGAUGGACGUGGACAGGAGGAGCUACCAGAUCGGGAAGACCAAGGUUUUCCUGAAGGAGACGGAGCGGCAGGCCCUGCAGGAGACGCUGCACCGCGAGGUUGUGCGGAAGAUCCUGCUCCUGCAGAGCUGGUUCCGGAUGGUGCUGGAACGCCGGCACUUCCUGCACAUGAGGCAGGCGGCCAUCACCAUCCAGGCCUGCUGGCGGUCAUACCGCGUCCGGCAGGCGCUGGAGAGAACACAGGCGGCUGUGUACCUCCAGGCCGUGUGGAGGGGCUACCAGCAGCGGAUGGCUUACCGGCGCCGGAGACAGAGCAUCAUCCGCCUACAGAGCCUCUGCCGGGGGCACCUUCAGCGCAAGAGCUUCCGCCAGAUGGUCGCGGAGCAGCAGAAGGCCAAGGAGAAGGAGAGGGAAGCCCAGCGAGCCACAAGGGAAGAGAUCUCAGCGGGCGAGCCAGGCCAGGCAUCCAGGCAGGAGCUGGGCACCAAGCAGGGCCAGGAACCGUCGGAGAAUGAGCAUUCGGCAUUGGAGCCCGAGGUGUGUCCAAGCGACGGGCCCCCCGCGGAGAGCUCGCGCCCUGAGAAGAAGGUCCCAAGCCCAGAGAAGCCUCUCCUACCCCAGAAAAAUGCGGUUGAGACUCCUGAGAAAGUGCCUAGCAGCCGAGAGAAGCGCGAGUCGCGGCGGCAGAGAGGGCUGGAGCAUGUGAAGUUCCAGAACAGACACAUCCAGUCCUGUAAGGAAGAGGACGCCCUCAGAGAACCUUCUGGAAGGGCUGUCUCAGAGCAAGAGGAGAGCAUCCCUGAAAACAGAAAGGAGAGCAGAGAAGAUGAAAUGCCUCCAGACACAGAGAUGGAGAUGGAGAACGCUUCUCCUAAAAAGCAGCCUGAAGAGCCACUGCAGGCCGUGCCAGCCACCCAGGUCCACGGAGAAACUGCAAAGGCGCCCCAGGGUGGGAGCCCGAGGCUCAGCCACAUGGAACGGCCAACCAGCCUGGCCCUGGACAGCACCACCCCUGAGACCCCCAAGGACAAGAGUAAGCCAGGUGGCGGCCUAAGGACACAGGACCAGCCUGAGAGCCCCGGAGGCUCCACCCAGAUCCAGCGGUACCGGGACUCGGACUCCGAGCGGCUGGCCAGUGCCGUGGAGCUGUGGCGGGGCAAGAAGCUGUUGGCUGCCGGCUCCAGCGCCAUGCUGAGCCAGUCCCUGGACCUCAGCGAGAGGCACCGGGCUGUGGGGGCCCCUCUCACGCCCACAGAGGAGAGGCGCAUUUCCUUAUCUGCCAGCGACGUCUCCAAGCUCCUCCCGUCCCCGUCCCCAUCCCUGGCCAAGACUCAGCCUGCUCUCCUGCAGCCUUCUAUGGAAACCGUGGACGGGGAGCCGAGCGUGAAGAAGCCGGCCGUCCAGAAGAAAAAGUCGGGGGAUGCGUCUUCUGGCGCAGAUUUGGGGCUGUCUCCAGGCUCCCAGACCGACUCUAAAUCCACGUUUAAGAGACUUUUCCUGCACAAGAACAAAGAUAAAAAAUAUAGCCUGGAGGGCAUGGAGGAGAUCGAGAACUUGGUACCCGGCCACAUCGUGCUGGAAGCCACCACCGUGAAGAAGAAUCUGGAAGCCUCCUCUGGCCACCAGCACCACCACGCUGCAGGUGAGAAGCACACCAAGGAGCCAGGAGGCAAAGGGAAGAAGAACAGAAACCUCAAGAUUGGCAAAAUCACCGUGUCGGAGAAGUGGCGGGAGUCGGUGUUCCGCAAGAUCACCAACGCCAACGAGCUCAAGUUCUUAGAUGAGUUCCUGCUCAACAAGAUAAAUGAUCUGCGUUCCCAGAAGACUCCCAUCGAGAGCUUAUUCAUCGAGGCCACCGAGAAGUUCAGGAGCAAUCUCAAAACCAUGUACUCCGUCCCCAAUGGGAAGAUCCAUGUCGGCUACAAGGACCUGAUGGAGAACUACCAGAUUGUUGUGAGCAACCUAGCGGCCGAGCGUGGCGAGAAGGACCCCAACCUGGUUCUCAACCUCUUCCAGUCGCUGCUCGACGAGUUCACACGCGGGUACACCAAGAACGACUUCGAGCUGCCCAAGCAGAGCAAAGCCCAGAAGAAGAAGCGGAAGCAGGAACGCGCUGUCCAGCAGCACAACGGGCACGUGUUCGUGAGCUACCAGGUGAGCAUCCCGCAGUCAUGCGAGCAGUGCCUCUCCUACAUCUGGCUCAUGGACAAGGCCCUGCUCUGCAGCGUGUGCAAGAUGACCUGCCACAAGAAGUGCGUGCACAAGAUUCAGACCUACUGCUCUUAUACAUGCGGGAGGAAGAGCGAGCCGGGCACCGAGCCAGGCCACUUCGGCGUGUGUGUGGACAGUCUGACCAGCGACAAGGCCUCGGUGCCCAUUGUGCUGGAGAAGCUUCUGGAACAUGUGGAGAUGCAUGGCCUGUACACCGAGGGUCUCUACCGCAAGUCGGGUGCCGCCAACCGCACACGGGAGCUCCGGCAGGCGCUGCAGACAGACCCUGCAGCAGUCAAGCUGGAGGACUUCCCCAUCCAUGCCAUCACCGGAGUGCUCAAGCAGUGGCUGCGGGAACUGCCCGAGCCCCUCAUGACCUUUGCCCAGUACGGCGACUUCCUCCGAGCCGUCGAACUGCCGGAGAAGCAGGAGCAGCUGGCCGCCAUCUACGCCGUCCUGGAGCACCUGCCCGAAGCCAACCACAACUCCCUGGAGCGGCUCGUCUUCCACCUUGUCAAGGUGGCCCUGCUCGAGGAUGUGAACCGCAUGUCGCCCAGCGCGCUGGCCAUCAUCUUCGCGCCCUGCCUCCUGCGCUGCCCAGACAACUCGGACCCGCUGACCAGCAUGAAGGACGUUCUCAAGAUCACCACGUGUGUGGAGAUGCUGAUCAAGGAGCAGAUGAGGAAGUACAAGGUGAAGAUGGAGGAGAUCAACCAGCUGGAGGCAGCAGAGAGCAUGGCGAUCCGGAGACUCUCACUCCUGCGACAGAACACUCCAUGGCCUCUCAAACUGGGGUUUUCGUCUCCCUAUGAGGCGAUGCUGAACAAGAGCCCCAAGGCCCGGGUGAGUAGCAGCGGCGGCCUGGAGGAGCUGGACGUGCUGCCAGAGGAGGAGGUGGCCGGUGGCGACGAGGACCGCGAGAAGGAGAUGCUCAUGGAGCGGAUCCAGUCCAUCAAGGAAGAGAAGCAAGACAUCACCUACCGGCUGCCGGAGCUGGACCCGCGGGGCUCCGAUGAGGAGAACCUGGACUCGGAGACGUCGGCCAGCACCGAGAGCCUGUUGGAGGAGCGGGCUGGGCGGGGGGCCUCGGAAGGGCCCCCUGCGCCUGCUCUCCCCUGCCCCAGUGUACCCACCCCGAGCCCCCUCCCCACGGCGGCCGCCCCUCCGCGACGAAGGCCGUCGUCCUUCAUGACGGUCAGAGUGAAGACGCCCCGGCGGACCCCCAUCAUGCCCACGGCGAACAUCAAGCUCCCACCUGGCCUGCCCUCCCACCUUCCCAGCCGGGCGCCGGGGCCCCAGGAGGCUGCUGCCCCGGUGAGACGCCGAGAGCCACCCGCCCGCCGCCCGGACCAGGUACACUCUGUGUAUAUCACGCCCUGCGCUCACCUGCCCGCGAGGGGUGCUCAGGAGCCCGUGGACAAGGACGACCGGCCACCUGGGGCCAAGCGAAGGUACUCGGACCCUCCCACCUACUGCCUGCCCCCCACCUCGGGCCAGGCCAACGGCUGAGGGCCCACAGCCGUCUGUCCACAUGUCCGAGGACAGCCCAGAGCCAGCAUUCAGCUCGCCGAGAAGGAUCCGGAAUGAAAAGCUGCAAGAGCGAUGUGGGGGGGAGCAACGGCUCCCAGUGCAGGGUCGAGGCCGGGAGAGGCCAGCUGAGGCUGGGCCGCCCUCGCUGAGCCUCCACGCUGCGCAAUCGCGCCCACCCAGAGCACGGAAUCACGGCGGGCCACCUAGCAUCUCCCACCUCCCAUUUUGUAAUUUUUUACAGUAACUGUUUUUUUGUGCGUGGUUUACAUAACUUUAAACUGUAACAGCCUUAACGGAAGACCAAAUUGUUUUUUAUAUGUGUCUGUACGACCUUUUAUAUUAACGCGCUGCAUCUCCUUUAUAACCUGGACAUCAGUCUUCAAAGCUAAGCCCACGCAGCCGCCACGCUUCAGAGGCUCAGCCCUGCGCUGGGAGCGCUCUGGGCGGUCCAGGGCCAGGACCCUGCACGAGGGGUUUAGACACUCGGGCCGCAUGACCGCCUUUCUCUCUCUUGGACUCGUCCUCUGGCCGGGGUGCAUUUGAGGGAGCGCCAGAGCCCUCCGUGGGGAUCAAGGCUGUUGGCUGAGCCAGGACACAAAGCGGGGGGGAGCAGCCUCCACCCGGGGCACCACAGACCUCACGUCCCAGGGAGGCUCCAAUGUGGCCGUCAUCCUCUGCCCAUCCUGGACUCCAGAGGCUGGAGGAGGGCACCCUUGGCACUGCCCCCACCCCCCCCACCUCCACCGUGUGGCAGAACAGGAGCCAGCGACUCAGGACCGCUCACCGGCGGGGAGGGCAAGGCCUGUGUUGUCCCCCUCAGGUCAACAGUGGCAGCCUGGGGAUCUCCAGAGGGAUGCCCUCAGGUUUGGCCCACUCCCCAGGACACAUGUAUCCCCUGGACACAUGACCACAGGUCUGGGACAAGAGGCACCCAGAGCCGUGUGAAAUAAAGACAAAGCGCCUGAGA